AUGGCGAUUCAUCAACAACGUGAACACACUAGUGUUGUCAGUUUCUUCAAGAUCAUUUGUCGUUGGCAUAUUCUAGAUGAGAAGAUUAAGCUUCCAACGGAAUUCACAAACAAGUGUGGAUUGAAACUACCAAAUCCAGUUAUUCUGAAAGUUGUAGAUGGCAACCAAAAGAAAGUGCAUUGGACCAAAAUUAAUGGUUCCAUUUGGUUUAUUGGGAAGGAAUGGAAAGAGUUUCUUGAGAACUACUCUGUCUCACACGGCCACCUUUUGUUGUUCAAAUAUUGUCUUGUGGCUUCAUGUUUUGGGGUCCAAAUAUUUGACAGCACCACUCUUGAAAUUGACUACCCUUACCAUGAACUCAACUAUGAUGAUUAUGAAGAUUAUUAUGAGGAUGAUGAUGAUGAAGAUGUUGUUGAUGUUGUGAAGCUUCAAUAUGAUCAAUAUCAAUUGAAAGAUAAAAGUGAGAGUAUUGCUGAUGCUAUAAGAAGUGACAGACUAGAGAGAAAAGAUAGCAACCCCAGUUUCGAGGUUGUCAUGAAGGAUUCAUAUAUCAAUGGGGGAAGAUGCAUGGCCGUACCAUCUAAUUUUGCAAGGGAGUACAUGAAAGAAGGAGGAUACCUACUAAGAGUGGCGGAUGGGAGGACAUGGAAAGUGAUGUACAAGACUUGGAGUGGAGAUGGGAUGCCUUGCAAGAAGUACAAACUGCAAAAGGGUUGGGCCAAGUUUAGCCAAGGAAACAAGUUAGAGAAGGAUGAUGUCUGUGUCUUUGAGCUGGUUAAUAACAAUUGCAAUGGUAGUUGCUCCACCAUCAUACCAACCUUCAAUGUUCUAAUCCACCGUAACCACAUCGGUAGCAGCUAUUGA